AUGUGCGACCAAUGUUUCAAUGAUAAUACAUAUACAAAGAUAGCGACAACAUUUUUCUUUCUGAACACUAUAUGCCUAUUUCUUUGGAUAGUUCUCAUAGCGUAUCUCGCGGGAAUUAGUUCUGAAAACUGGUCAUAUGUAGAUUUUUUAAAACUAAACCGUGAUAUCUUGCCACCAUUCUCAAAUGACUACAACGGAAUUGAUAGUGCAUGGGUUACAAGAUUUUUGGGAACUGUGGAAGAACUAAGUCCAACGUUAUACAAUGCUGAGUAUCAGUAUCCUACCUUCGCGUCUCGUCUAUUGGUUAUUGAG